GCCACCUUCUGCUCCGGAGUGUGGAUCAGACAACAUUAACUCGUGACACGAGUUAAUACUAGGGUACUGGCAGGGGUACUGACUAUAAUGGCUAAAUGCAUUAUUUUUUUGUCUGUAUUUACCUUUUCCUGGGUGCCAGUCUUGGUGAUUGCCGAUCUGUACUCGGCCGUCCUGGAUAGGCAAACGGGAAUACUGUCUCUCUUGCCUGGGUUUCGAAAUGACUUUGUUGCAUGGGCGAAUUUUACCGAUGAUAUAAUGCAAACGGGAUGGGCUCAUCUGGAAGUGAGUACCAACAGUCAGUACAAUGACAGCCUGCAGGCUUAUGCAGCUGGGGCAGUUGAGGGUGCUGUGACUUCCAAGCUCAUCAACAAACACUGGAUGAAUACCGUGAAGGGCUACUGUGAUAGCUCCAAAUAUGAGACUGAAUAUUGCCAGCGGCUCAGUGACUACAUUCUUGCUAACCAGCAGUGGAUGGAGAAGCAAAUGGACAAGGGGGAAGACUUGGAAUACUGGCACCAGAUCAAUUUGGUCUUGCUGCAGCUGAAAGGGCUAGAGGACAGCUACAAUAAGCAGGUGUCUUUCCCUAUUGGCCAAUUCUCUGUCAACCCAUUUGGCCUCUUACUGUUUCAAAUUGGUGGGGACUUGGAGGACCUGGAGGCAGCCCUCAACAAAACUGUCUUGUCUCGAACCCUGGGCUCAGGGUCUUGCUCUGCCCUCAUUAAACUGUUACCAGGCAACAAAGAACUUCUGGUCUCCCAAGAUACAUGGAACAGCUACCAAUCUAUGCUCAGGAUCAUGAAAAAAUACUCCUUUGCAUAUAGGAGGUCCCCCAAUGAUGACACCCCUAUUCCGGGAGGCAUCCAAACAUUUUCCUCCUACCCUGGCACCAUUUUCUCAGGGGAUGAUUUCUAUAUACUGAGCAGUGGGUUGGUUGCCCUGGAGACCACCAUUGGCAACAGUAAUCCUGCCUUAUGGAAAUAUGUCACCCCAAAAGGGACGGUGAUGGAGUGGCUGAGGAAUAUUAUUGCCAAUCGCCUUGCAGAAAGUGGCAAACAUUGGGCUGCCAUUUUCUCCAAGUACAACAGUGGGACGUACAAUAAUCAAUGGAUGAUUGUUGAUUACAAACACUUCACCCCAGGCAAGCUCGACAUGAAAGACCAGCUUUUAACUGUCCUGGAGCAGAUUCCUGGUUUGAUUGUGUCGGGGGACAAAACCAAGGAGUUGCUUCAGAGUGGCUAUUGGGCCAGCUACAACAUACCGUACUAUGAGGAAGUCUUUAACACCAGUGGCUGCCCUGAGCUUGUCCAGCAAUACGGAGACUGGUUCUCCUUUGACAUGAACCCACGGGCCAAGAUUUUCCGCCGUAACCAAAGCUUUGUCACUGACAUGGAUUCUAUGGUCAGGCUCAUGAGAUACAAUAACUUCAAGGAAGAUCCUCUGUCCAUAUGCCAAGGCUGUGACCCCCCAAACAAUGGAGAAAAUGCUAUCUCUGCCCGCUCAGACCUCAACCCCUCCAACGGCACCUAUCCCUUCGGUGCCCUAAAACAGAGGCCACACGGGGGCACAGAUAUGAAGGUGACAUCCUACACAAUGUCCAAGGAAUACCAACUUCUGGCGGCAAGUGGGCCCACCUAUGACCAAGUGCCAGCUUUCCAGUGGAGCACGUCCCCAUAUAGUGGGCUACUGCACAUAGGACACCCUGACCGCUGGGCCUUCCCCACCAUUUUUAUCCACUGGGGUUGAACCGUCCCAAACCACACAACUGCAUCAGCACUGCAGUUCCUCCCAGGGUCCCCAGAAGGAAAUGAGACUGUCACAAUUACAUUAUAAGGGAAAUGAUGUAUGGUCAGAAAUAUUAAUUGUGGAAUUUAAAAUAGUUGUUAAAGCUAUACUCAGGAAUUAAAGCAAGAAAAGAUUUGUGAGUCUGAAAAGUUGGAGGAAGCUGGAGGAAGUGUGUACAAUGUAUUGAAUUAAGUAUUAUAUGACUUUAAAACUGCUCUAUGCCUGAACGGACAGGAAAUUAAAUUGAUUGGCCCUAAUGCUAGUAUCAGCCUGUUCUACAUCAAGGUGUAUCGGCACUGCUACAGCCCUGUAUACUGUAUGUCUACUGUACUUCAAUGUACUCACCGCUGGGCGGCUUGUUCAGGAUUCAAUAUUUCUCUCAAAGAGCCUAAUUCAUACUUUCAGAGUAGUGAUCUGUACUGUUUUGGGCAUUUCAGGAUAUUAAAGCUUUUUGCACUUUUAUAAAGCAAGCCAACAUUUCCAA